AUGCAGGCUGCGGGGUCUGGAGCUCGGCUCCUGCGCCCGGCUGCGGCUCGAGACCACCCCCCACUGCCACCCGCGCCCCCACCCCCGGGCGAUCGGGGAUGCGCGGCCGCCUCCCCGCCCCGCCCCGAUCGCGGUGGGCGGGCCCAGGCCGGGCGGGGCGGGCGGGCGCGGCGCCCCGGGCUCCGGGCUCCGAGGAGACGGCGGGCGGCUCUAGAGGGAGCUGCUCGCGCCGCCGCCGCCGCCUCGCCGGCCCCACGCCCGGGCCGAGCGCCGCCUCCGGGUCCGCGCCGCCGCGAUGGCGGGGACAGCGAGUCUGCGGCCAGCCAGCAGAGCCUGGAGCUGGACGACCAGGACACGUGCGGGAUAGACGGGGACAAUGAGGAGGAGACGGAGCACGCCAAGGGAAGUCCCGGAGGGGAUUUGGGUGCCAAAAAGAAAAAGAAGAAACAGAAGAGAAAAAAGGAGAAACCAAAUUCCGGAGGCACCAAGUCCGACUCGGCAUCGGAUUCCCAGGAGAUUAAAAUCCAGCAGCCUUCAAAAAAUCCCACCAUUCCAAUGCAGAAGUUGCAGGAUAUCCAGAGAGCCAUGGAGCUGUUAUCUGCAUGCCAGGGCCCUGCCAGGAAUAUCGAUGAGGCUGCCAAACACAGAUACCAGUUUUGGGACACGCAGCCGGUACCCAAACUGAGAUUCUCCAGCUCCUAG